AAUAACGUCCAUGUCUGGCAGUUUACGGAAUCGGGAGGAUCACGCCAUCAGUUUUAUCGAGUGCUUGAGUGGUUUUUUUAAGGUUUUGGAAGACUUUGUUGAUGAUUUUUAGUUCAGGAAUUUGUGGAGUGAAGUUAUUUAUGUAGUUCAGGGGGUUUAUGACUUGGGACUGAUUUUUCUUGGAUUUCGAGGGGCUCGACAUCAUGGCUGGGAAUCAGCAGGGAGAGGAGUUGAUCGAGGAAAUCAUACAGGGACUGAGGGAGACCAUUCCAGAGUUUUAUAAGGAGUGGGAGGUCGUGGGGUUUGAUGCUGACACACAAAAAAAAUUCGAGAAUGCUAUUGUUGGACAUCAUCAGUCCCUCUGGUCGGAGAUGCUCUCCGAAACGAAGCAACGAAAGUCGAACCUUCUGAAGAGCAUCGAGACCACAACGCAGAAGCUGCAAGCCCUCAGCAGAGAGCUCCAAACCGAGGUGGACCUGGACUGGGAGGACGCAGCGCUGCUGGACGCCGAGAGGCACCUGCGACAGCAGUUGGAGGACCUGGAAGAGAUAAAGGAGUCUCGUGUCUGCCACCUGCAGGACCUCCUCUCCAAAGAGAGCGAAAUCUGCGCAGUGAUGGGGUCCAAACCGGUGGGUCUGGAGAGCACAAUUCCCUCGGAGGAUCAGCUCCAGAAGUUCGAGGUCUACAUCUCCAGCCAAGAAGCCGAGAUGCUUCGCCUGAAGACAGUCUUCAAGGAGGUGAGACUGGAGAUAGUGAAUAUGAUGGAGGAACUGGGCUACUCCCCAAAGCUGGACUUCCAGCGUCUGGUGUUAAACGAUCACCACAACUUCGUCUUCAGUCCCUCGAACAUGGAGAAGCUCGAUAAAUUGCGUGACGAGAUGCUGGAGAAGUUGUCCUCGGCGAAGGAGACAGCUGAGAGCAAGCGCCAGGAGCUGCUGGCCCUGCUGGUGUACCUGGGGGUGCCCCAGACAGACUACGAAGACUUCCUGGAGAAGAACUCAGGCUGUGACGCAGCCACAAUUUCCCUCCUGAACAAGGAGAUUAAAAAGUGCAAGGAAAUCAGGAUGAAGAACAUUGGAAAGUACGUGGAGAAGAUCAGGGAGGACAUCAGGGAGCUCUGGGACGCCUGCAAGUUCGGUGAGGAGCAGAGGAGUGCCUUCAAGGCUUACCAUUACCAGAACUACUCGGAGGAGGUGCUGAAACUCCACGAAUUGGAGCUGGAGGAGCUGAAGAGGUUCUACCAGCGAAACGAGAAGAUCCUGGAGCUCUUCAAUCAGUACGAGGAGAUGCUCCAGAGGAUGGCGGAGCUAGAGCUCAAGUCCGAGGACCCCAACAGGCUGAAUAAUCGAGGGGGACAGCUGCUGGAGGAGGAGAAGACGAGGAAAUUGAUAACGAAGAAUCUGCCCAAGGCGGAGGCCAAACUCAGGGAACUUCUGGACGAGUUCAGUGCCAAGAGUGAGGGGCCUUUCUUGUUCGAUGGGCUCACCUUCGAUGAGUACAUCCAGCGGGAGACCGAGAGGUGCAACACGGAGAAGGAGAACUUGAGGCUGGCUAGGGCCAAAGCCAAGGACGAGAAGAAAUCAGCCAAGAAGACACCCCUGAGCGCCUCUCGGAAAAAUCUCACCACUGCGGUCAGCAUGAGGGGCAUUCAGACGUCUGUUAAACGAAAGCUGCCGAUGGACAAGUCACCAGUGGUGACUGGGAACAAGAAACGUCUGGUGCAGAGUGAGAAGGCCAGACCCACUCUCGCCUGUGGGUCCAAGAUCAGGAGGAGUGGCAAAGUUGCGAGAAGAAUUUUAUCAAAUUCUUUCAAUAGAGACAGCCCCAGGAGGAGGAAGACCCCGAAGAUCGUCGUGUCGGAUGCCUCCAAUGACACCUUGAAUGUUCAGCCUUACGAGGUCUUUCAGGAGCACAUCUCCAGCAGAAAUGAGCUCAGGAGCACUUUGCUGUCUGAUCAACUGCUGAAGAAUGCUCGUGGUGAGGGGAAGAAGAUGAAGACACCUGUCAAGACCCCGGUGAAACCUCUGAGGAAGCACUUGGUCUCAUCUAGCACUCCUCACAUCACUCCGAAGUCGGGCCCUCGCAGGCCUUCCAGGAGUCCCAGGAUCACCAGCACUCCGAGACUCACUACUGCACCUGCCAAUGGGCUUUCUCACCUGAAAUUGUAGGGUGAGGGGUUCGACGAAUUUACGUUAUUGAUUAAGAUUGCGUAGAGUAAUUAACGUCCAGUAACUCAUUUCGAUGAUUUUUGUUUUAUUAUUUUUAUUUAUGCUUUUUAUUCUUUAUUAGGGGCAACUAACAUAUUUUAUUGUAGAAUCCGCACGAGAGUUUGGGAUCGGUGAUUAUUAUUUUGCAUUUAUUUUUGGGGGAAGUGGGGAGGGAAAUUAAUAUCUGUUGUUAUUAGUCCUGUUGGUGUCGUCGUGACCUACUUCUUUAUCCUGGAGUGUCCGGCCUUGUAAAUAGAUUCCCUGAUGCAAUAAAUGCUUAUCGAUUGACGAA